UAUAUUGUCUCUAUGAUAAUAUUCCGUAUUGCUCUACUCACAGCCAGACAAUAAUCACGGUGUCUGUAAAUUAUUUGGAAAACCUUUACCAUCAAUGUCUUUGAUUAAGGCCUAUAAUGUUACAGAACAUAGAUGUCUAUAAAUUGAACUGAAUAGAAUUCCAUGUUUUUCUGGCCGCACGUUUCUGUUCAUAGUCGUACUAUAAUAUAUUAUACUAGAGCUCGUUCUCAUUUUUUCAAUGAAGAUAAAUUAUGCUGAAAUUCUUCCCGUGAACUCAUGAAAUAUAUAUGGAUGCUAAAUGAAGUUUUGCAAUUAUAAAUUAGUAGAUUUUUAUUGUGUUACUGCAGUACAUUUUAAACAGUCGAAUUUUCGAACCACCUGUGUCGUGAAUAUUCUAGAAGGGUCAGUAGCUCUUUUAUGGAGAUUAAUUCCCUAUUAGGAAAACGACGUAAAUUUUGUGAUUAUACUGGUUAAUGGUAAGCACGUGUUUUGUCGGGUGGAAGGCGUAAGGUAUACUUUGUGCAUUACGCCACUGUGAUUGUUUAGUUUGCUACAGAAUUGAAGGGGCUAGUGCUGGUGUGUGGUGGGGGUGUGUGAGCGUGCGUUGUGCUGUUGAGGGGUGUGAGGGGGUUGAAUAUUGUCUGUCAGUUUUGGCACUGCUCAGUGCUCAAUUCACCCUCAUACUGACAAUACUUCAGUUAUCUAGCACUGUGUAUUUCAUACUCUAUUAAUUAGUGUCAAAUAUAAUAUUUCAUUAUUUUAUGUUAACAUUAUUGUCUUUGUUUUCUCUAAUCACAGAUAUUAUCAUAAUAUUAGUAUUGUUUGAUUCGGAUAUAAUCAAAGAUACAAAAGCAACUGAACAUAAUCUAAUUCUAAAUGAAAUAAACUCAAAAUUUUCUUACAAUCUUAAGCAACUGAAAUAGUCUCCUAAUUGUUCGUUCAAUCAUCCGUAUUUUCCAAUAGACAAUAUUUUUCAAGAGACACAUAUGAAAAGUGAGUUUUCUUCUAUUUAUCCUAUACAUUAAAAAACUAUAAUUUCAUCGCAUUUGAUUCUCAUCAUUUAUAUUUUUACAACUGUGCUUAUAGCUUAUAUUCUAUCAAGUCAAGAGUGAAUAUAUUCUAUUUCCAUAGUUAAUUGAGAAAUAGCCGACUCCAUGAAAUCCCUCCAUCGUUAUUGAUUCAAUUUUACGUCACUCUUCCGAAGAGACAUCUCAUUCGAGGACACAAAAAUGAUGUGAUCAAAAUUUUAUUGAGAAACGAAGUACGGAAAUACAUAAGACUCUCCCACCAAUAUACUCCAUCGAAAUGUGAAUUGGUGAACUGGCGUUGAGAAGAAUGUUUGUGGGAAAUGGAAUGGACAGCAACUCGGACGUGGAGAGGCACUUCCUGGAUGGCUACGUGGGCAGUUCGAGCUCGAGUAGCACGGAGUUGUUCCUCUACGACGAUGACUCCAGCCACUCCGACUGCUCAACCGCCUACUCCUACGGCAGCGACCAGGACAGCUCCUCAGGUAGUAGCAGCAGACUGCGUCACCGACGCCUUGGCGGGGUUAGCGGUGGCGGGGGCGGGAGCAAGUGUCCACAGCAGCAGAUGCAGCAGCGACAGGCGGCCAACCUGCGCGAGCGACGACGCAUGCAGAGCAUCAACGACGCAUUCGAGGGCCUUCGCGCGCACAUUCCCACUCUGCCCUACGAGAAACGACUCUCAAAGGUUGAUACGUUGAAAUUGGCGAUAGGAUACAUCAACUUUCUAAGCGAAUUGGUGAGGACAGACAGGGGACAAACUGAAUCCUGCAAGGGAAAUGGAAUAGGAAAAUCAAGAAGACAAAUACCAAGAGAAGAAAAUCGGAAAAUCAUUGUGAGAGGAGCUUACGGAUCGCCGUAUGCGGCGCAUUCUCUGUCUUGGUCGAGCAACAAGGAGAACGGAUGCAACGGCGUGAUGUACGCCAAGGUGUGGACCCCCGAGGAUCCCCGCGCACCCCCCAAGCACCCCGCCAACGCCAACACAAGUCCAGGGCUCAACGACAACAACGCCAGUAACCACGGCAGUGACUACUGAUUUACAAACUAUUGCAAGCAAUUGCAAUAUGUUUUAUUCCGGGUUUAAUUGGCAAGUAGAAGUGAACAGAACCAGAAUAAAGAAGUAUGGAAGCAUUAAGUUGAAGAGUGCAAACGAUGGAUGAAAGUAGUGAAGGAAUAUUUAAAACCAUCUUGAAGAAAUCAGGAGUAGCUUCAUUGAACAUUUUGAAUGUAUGAAGAAUUCAAACCAACUUUAUAGGUCUGCAGGCUGCUAUGAAUGAAUUGAAUAUACAUAAAAGCCAAAAUAUAUGGUGGACGGGAAAUUGUCAUUAUUUGUGACUAAUUCAGUUAUUUGGGGCCGUUUGCACAGUGUAAGUGUGAAUUGAACAAACUAUUGAUUCAAACUCAGAAUGGAUGGUGUCUGUACUCUACUUUGUGAAAGCUGUGCGAGUAGAAGGCAGGAAGUCAUUAAAUUACUUUGUAUAUACUAUACAUACUUAAUAACUUAAUAUUUAUUCAAAGCUGAGUUUAAUUUUGAUCUUAGACUAGAAAUUUUCUCGGCUUUUAAAUACCAAAAACAAAAACUCCUACAGAAGUUGCAAGAAUACCUCAAGGCUGUGCAAAGGCUAAAAAUAAACUUUCUACUCGUGAUAUUUUUCAAAGGUUUUUGAUUUGUAUAUCAUCAAGCUAUCAAAAUGGAGAAGUUUUCUCAGGAAACCCUUUUUUUC